AUGGAGCAGACGUGCGUGAGCGCUGCUUUCGGCGCCGCGGAGUCCGCCUCGCUCUCCGCAGUUUCGCUCGUGGGUGACGAGUGGGUCAGCAUACGUGCGUACUUCAUGGAGGUGCAGGCCGCAGCGGAUGGCGUGGCACUGGCGGAACUUGCAGGCCGGCUGCCGCAGGUAGCGCGCUCGUUGGAAGUAAUACGGAAGUCGCUUAUGCAAGAGCGGCCACAGAUGCUGAUCCCCAGGUUUGCGCCGCCGCACCGAGCGGUGGACGUGUACAGUGCAAGCAGCGUCAGUAGCAGGAGUGACGUCCCCGUGCCACCGCGGGGACCGAGUUCCCUGAACCACAGUAGUAGCGGCAGCAAUAAUUUCAGAAACAAAACCGACACCGGUGAGGUGUCGUGGUUGCCGCCGUGCUAUGCAUUCCUUUGGGGAGAGCCAUCCUCUACGCCGCAGGCAGGGGGGACCGCCGCGGCAGAGGAAGAGCUAGCCCCCAUUGGGCAUGUCUUUCUGUUAUCCUUGUGCCAGUUUGCCAAACACAAUGAUCCACCGGGUACUCGAGGCAUUAUACUUCGCUUUUUGACUCGUGUGCUCGCCGAGGCGGAUCUUCCACGGCCACCAUGCAUGGGAGACCCACCGCGGUCGUUGCUGCAGAUGUUUCCUAGCAAUACGGUUGUGCCCCUGAUGGACAUGCUGCGUCGGGUGGUGGCGGAGGUGCGACCAAAACCGGCGGGGGAAGCAGAUACUGUGGGAACGUCCUCACCGACCCACACCCCAGAAUUGAGCACGGAAACGAUGGAUGAGGAACGCGAGGCACUGCUUAACCUCUUGUGUGUUUUGACGGAACGGAUGGAGCUUGUCCCUGCCUUGGCGAUGUUUUUUGUCCCCGAAGCUGUGAACGAUGCACAGGACGUGGCAGGCCCGGAGGGAGGGUUCGAUUCGCCCCCGACUGUGGGCCCUCAUUUUAGCAUUCUGCAGGAACUGCUGGUGUAUGCCACAUUUCGCCAGGGAUCUGUGCAGUCAAAGAAAAGGCGUACAAUUUAUCAACUGGCUUUGCGAGGACUCCUUAGCCUUGCCAAGUGUCCUGACCCACAGGUCCAGGAUUAUGUUAAGAAGCAAAAUGCAGUGGCUUUAGCAACCUUGAUUGGUGCCAGAACGACGCUUCUCACUCUGUGUAAGGUGCCGUAUAACGACGACACUGUUGCACAGCUCACCUACCUUUGUGACAUAUUGCGUUUCUGGUCGCAGCUGCUACUGUUGUCCCCUGCGGUGGCGGAGGCUUGGGAAGUGGAGGCCGUGAUGGAGAGCAGUUUUGUGCGGGAUACGCUUCUACCGCUGAUAUCCUCGGCAGACGACACAGUGUACGCCGCCGCGGCUCUUGUGGCGGCCAAAACGGUGCGUUUUGUGGGGCGAGCGUCUUCGCAUUACGUUUCUGCCGUAGCGCGCGCGGUGCUAGGCGCACGUAUUGACCCUUUGACGGGAGAUCCGGUGCUGUUGCCUGUUUCGCGUGACGAGGUGCCCCCCGCCUCAUCCUCCACGGUGUCUCUGUUAGACUACGCCUUGCUGCCGCGUCUUGCGAUGCGCGACGAUGGCGAUUGGAGAUGCACGGAGGUUACCCUCUACCUACUGGAGGCCGUCUCAGUGCAGGAACCGGUGCUCUUUAUGGACUUUGCCCUUUCUCUGUCCAUCUCCACCCUCGCCGAGGUGCGUGGAAGCGUUCUCCGCCGCGGUCCGCCAUCCAAACCGGAACUUGCAUCCAGCAAAACGCCACUUGCCACCAAGGAUGGGGGUAGCGCUGCCGCGACAAAUACUUCGACAGGCAAGACACGACACGCUGACUGCCUUCAACAGCCUGCAUUUGAUGUAGACCUUUCCGCUGCCACAACGUCUCCGCCUCUGGACAUCACAGACUGCUUUUCUGCACGCUUACGAGCUCCGAGGGGAAUUCUGCUCGGCACAAGCGCAGAGACCGUCGCAGAGGACAUCCUCGCACGUCUGCUGCUUCUGGAGAGUCACGUCCCUGCGUGCAUGCUCGAGAAGCGGCAAAGCGUCAUUAACCGUUCCUGCAGGGGCGUGGGAGAAGACGUUGCCGGCCCCGUGCUUGAGGGCGGCGGCCGCGGGGGUGCGUUGCAAGCAACUUCUUCCGCCUCACCAGACGAAAAGGUUGCAAACGGUGCACCCAAUAACAUUUGGUUUCACACCGGCGUCCAUCAAUCACCACUUGUGGGGCGCCUCUGUGAGAUGACUUCUCAAAUGCUGGCAGCUCCCUCUAGUGUAUGCACACUCUUGACGCAACUGUGGUCCACCAUCUGCAUCCUGCCUGACUUUCGCGCUCUGUACACGCUCAUGGACUCUGAUCACGGCCAACUCCGCCAGGCCCUGAUGAAGCUGCGUGAUGCCAUUGAGGAGGGACUCCAACACGACGAGGAUGUGGUGUUUGCGCUCGCGUCAGCAGCAGCUGCUUUUGCGUCGAAUGCGAGAAGUAAAACAGAGCCUGUCGAGGUGGGGUCGGGCAAAGCACGUCCGGCUGAGGACAUUUCUCCUAUUUCUCUCGUGCAGGACACUGCCUCGCACUUGUACACUCGCACGUACUUGUAUUCGCAGUUUGUUCAGCUUGGAAAGUCGCUCUGCUGGGUGAAGAACACCGUCAAAGAGGAGUUCCCGAACCCCGGGUUACUUCUUGCGCUCAAGAAGCAUCGAUGUUUUCUCGAGGCAUGCGCGUGUGUCGAGGCGUUUCGUAUGGAGCUGGACGCGGCGAUUGGCCAUGUGGCCCUUUCUCACAACCUUAUGUGCCUCCAAACAGGAAAGGAACCAGCGAGACGAAAUCCUAGUCCGAGUUAA